UUCCUAAACGAUGUUGAUGCAAUCUACAAUUGCAGAAAUUUGUUUGCAGGAACCCCAUUAAAUCUUCACAAGAAAUUAACUAAAAUUUUGUUUCAAAAUCUCAUCUAAAUUGCAGAAAGAUUAGCCUAACAUUGUAUUAUAUACAAACAAAAAAGAAAGAAAAAGGGAAUAAGGUGGGAGUUCCACUGCCUCUGACUUUUCAAUAGUUAGAUAAGUGGAUUGCCACAUUGUUCAUCUAUUCUGUAACUGAAGUUCGGGUUUAAGUCAACCAUUUGAUAUGAGCUGUAAACCUUUAAUAAUAUUUUUCUUGAUGGUUUUCAGUUUUUUAUUUUUAUUUUUAAUUAUUAUUAUUGAUGAUAUCUCUUCUCUCUGUAUUGGUGACCAAGUCUUUUUAAACAAAAUAAUCUUUGGAGGGUUUUCAAUGGUUUACUCUUCUGUAUAAGUGGAUCAUUGGCACUCUCUUCUCUUGAGCAAAGCGAGCAUGACGUUCAAAGUUUUAACUAUAUCGUUUACAUAUGAGAGCGCUCCCAAGAUCGGUCCCAAGUUCGAGAAAGGAGAUAUCAGUGAGUGGUCCGUUGAUGGCUCUUCUGAUGCUAUUGUUAAUCCAACCAAUAAGCAAAUGGUGACAGAUGGUGGAGGUGCUGAUGGAGCCAUUCAUAGGGCUGCAGGAAGACAACUCCAGCAAGCUUGUUUAAACUUCCCACAAGUCCGUCCUGGAGUCCGCUGCCCCACUGGAGAAGCAAGAAUUACCCCAGGUUUUAAAUUGCCAGCAUCUCAUGUGAUUUUUACCGUUGGCCCUAUAUAUCAUGUUGAUCAAAACCCUGAAGCCUCCCUGAGAAGUGCAUACAAGAACUGCUUGAGGUUGGCCAAAGAAAACAAGAUUCAGUACAUUGCUUUUCCUGCCAUAUCUUGUGGCUUGUUCGGUUAUCCUCUUGAGGAAGCCGCCACAAUAGCUAUUUCUACAGUCAAAGAAUUUGCAGAGGACUUUAAAGAGGUGCACUUUAUUCUGUUCACAGAUGACAUCUAUGAUAUUUGGUUUAGGAAGGCGAAGGAAAUACUCCAACUUGAAGCAUAAUGGUGUGUUGGCAGCCAGAAUCACUGAAACAAUGAACUAUUCAUGUCUCUUGUUAUUGUUGUAAAUAAUCUGAUUC